AUGCGUGUAGAGACCACUGUUUCCCACAUCUCAUACAAUUCCGCGUCAGCGAUGCCACUGAAACGUGUAGACAAAAAGUUGAGCUGGUGCGUUUUUCGUCAUCGUCAGGACCACUUGAAAUCGAAGCGAAGCAGCAGCACUCACCGUCUGGAAGCCGCAACCCACGACAUCAACUUCGGUGACCCACCAGAAAAUUCCACACCUGUUCUUAGUCAGGUUGACGGAAAAGUGGAAGAAGAGGAUUUUGGCCCCUCGUGUUGCUGUUGUUAUACUGGUGUCGGUGAACUCACUGUCGCAUCCGGUAGCUCUCUUCCUUGCACUGACGGUGGCUGCUUGAAAGAUGCCACCAACCCGUCUUCGGUGCUCUCCAACUCCAUCGAAGACACACCAGGAAAAUCAGAUCCGUGCCGACGAACUCAUCUGACAGUUGCUAGUACCUCACUGCCUUCAUCACCUGCGAUUCCACCAACUGUGACGAGUACCUUCCAAGUUCAACCCCCUCCAGCGCCGGCCAUGAGAGUAGUGGAAUUGGGACAGCAGAGGGCUGGUCUCAUCGAGUCCUCAUGCUCUGUGGGUGACAUCCAUCAAGAGGAUCGUAUGCCAGCUUUAAAGACCUCGCUUGACACUGUGGGAUUCGGUGAUGAGCCGCCCAAAUCCAAAAACCGAAGCCUACUUGAGCUCCGUCGAGGUCCGCACGCAGCCCUGGUACUCAACCUCCACAGCGGUGCCUCUAUCCCUUCUCCCGCCCGCAAAAUGAUGACAGGCAUCACGGGGAGCACCAAUGAGGACGACAACCGCCUCCUCUUUGCCGAACAGCCCCAGACGUGUUACUCUACUUUUGGUCACGAAUCCUCACUUUGUGCUACUGGGAAGGCCGUUGCUAUUCCGCCGACUGUUCUCACCACCAAUGCAAAUCUCUCAUCACGACCAAAGACUGGCGAAGAACCCAGCAAGAUAGCAGAUCGGCUUACGCUUAGAAUGGCCACGUUGCCACUUACUGGGGAGGCCUUGGAGGCUAAGCUCAGCUACGGGGGUGAAGAUAGACUGUACAAUGAAUUUUGGGACAUUCCUAUGAAUUUCGCCAACAAAGCUGAUUGUCCGUGGGUUGGUGUGGGUCAGAAAAAUCGAUACCAUGAGGUUCUACCUCAUAAUAGCACGCGAGUUGUUCUUCCCGCGAUCAAUAACGAUGAAAUGACCAGUUAUAUCAACGCUAAUUACAUCCACGGUUACCAGGGUCGACCGCGAGCCUUCAUUGCAACACAGGGUCCAAUGUCUCACACAGUAAAUGACUUUUGGCGAAUGGUUUGGCAUACUCGAGCGCCUGCCGUUGUCAUGUUAACAAAAAUUUGUGAAGAAGACAAGCGAAGUAAGUGUGAGCUUUACUUGCCGACAUCGAAGCGUGACUCAAGUGGCCGCGCCCUCAACUCGUCUGUGCGAGCGGACACCGUGCCAGACCCCAGUGAAACCUCUCUUGGCGAAACAAAACCUACAGGCCACUUGCUGCAGUCAGCCAAUUCGCUGCCCUCCCCGGUCUCUGCUCCCUCCGUCGAGGGGGUUGCAAGCUGGGGUGAGGAGUUUUCGCGCACUUGUUCACCUGUUGGUUCUCAGCGAAUGUUCGGCAGCAUCCACGUCCGCGUGAUUGCUGUAACCCAAAAGAAAGGCUACACUGAACGCAAACUCCUCCUUCGGAUGGACGGUGAGGAGCGUCGAGUCACACACUUUUGGUAUGUCGGUUGGUCUGACCACUCAUCACCCGAAGCAACCGUAGAGUCGGCUCGCAGCCUCCUCGAACUCGUCCAAGAAACAGAGGCCUGUCGUCACCAAAACGGUGGCUCUUCCCUCCCUUCUACACCAGUUACGAUGAUGGUCCCGACUCCUAAUUCUUCAUUGUCACCGCCACCUCGGCCACUUUCCCGACAAGCAGCGGAAGAAUGGUCAGACGCCGAUUUCGAUCUCCGCUUUUCCAAAUCGAUUCAAUGUGAAAGCCCACCGACCACUGCGUUGGACCAUUUUUCCCUCGACGAUUCCAGUCGUUCGGCGUCGGAUCAGGUGUCUGACGCAUCUCUGCUGAACCUCCGCCUCUCCGGCCCGAGAGGCUAUAGAGCGUCAGACCCGGCCCCCGUCGGGAAGUCGUCACCAUCCCGUCCGAUAGUGGUGCACUGCAGUGCGGGAGUCGGAAGAACAGGGUGCUUCAUUGCACUCUGUAUCGGAUGCGAGCAGAUCUGUAACGAAGGAAAGGUAGAUGUGUUGGGCAUUGUCUCCCGAUUGCGACUUGAUCGUGGCGGAAUGGUCGAGAACUCCGAACAGUACACUUUUCUUCAUGCUGCACUCUGCAUAUUCUAUGCGCUCAAAAAUGGUAGAGAACUUCCGGUGUUGCCAGCUAUUACUAAUCUCCGCAACCAAUUUACAGGACCGCUUAGGUAG